CACGUAUACACACAUACAAACACACACUCACACACAGAUACUGUCUGGUGUCUGCAGCGCCUUAUGGAGGUCCAAUAGGUAUACAUACAUACAAACACACACUCACACACAGAUACUGUCUGGUGUCUGCAACGCCUUAUGGAGGUCCAAUAGGUAUACAUACAUACAAAAACACACUCACACACAGAUACUGUCUGGUGUCUGCAACGCCUUAUGGAGGUCCAAUAGGUAUACACACAUACAAACUCACACACAGAUACUGUCUGGUGUCUGCAGCGCCUUAUGGAGGUCCAAUAGGUAUACACACAUGUAUACACACAUACAAACACACACUCACACACAGAUACUGUCUGGUGUCUGCAGCUCCUUAUGGAGGUCCAAUAGGUACACACAUAUGUAUACACACACACAGUAACAAACACACACUCGCACACAGAUACUGUCUGGUGUCUGCAGCGCCUUAUGGAGGUCCAAUAGCUCUCCUCAGAGAACCUCACAGACGUUCUCCGAGCUCUCGUCCUCAGUUAGAGAUUUAUUCUGCGUCUGGAGUCUCCAUCGCCAGCUUCCCGUGGAAGAGUGGUCCGGUGGUCCACUUGGGUUGGACGGUUAAUGAUGAGCUGUUGUGUAUUCAGGAGGACGGAUCAGUUCUGAUCUACGAUCUGUUCGGAUCCUUCAAGAGACACUUCAGUAUGGGACAGGAAGUGGUCCAGAGUCAGGUGUUAGAAGCCAAAGUUUUCCACUCUCCUUAUGGAACAGGGGUCGCCAUAGUAACGGGCUCAUCACGCUUCAUCUUGGCGACGAACAUCGACGACCUGAAGCUCAGAAGGUUACCUGAAGUCCCAGGUCUACAGGGGAAACCGGCCUGCUGGGUCGUCCUGAACCAGGACAGACAGACUAAAGUCCUCCUGUCCAACGGACCUGAACUCUACAUCCUGGAUAACACGUCCUGUACUGUGGUGUGUCCUCCAGGUCUCGGUCCUCAGGCCGGCAGUAUCGUCCACAUGUCUGUGUCUUUCAGCUAUAAAUACCUGGCUCUCUUCACUGACUCUGGACACCUGUGGACAGGCCCUUCCCAUCUCCAGGACAAAAUGAGUGAAGUCGACACUAAGAAGUCGACCCCUCCCAAACAGAUGGUCUGGUGUCGCAGACCAAAGAGUCAGCAGCCGUCUGUGGUGUUGAUGUGGGAGAGACUGCUCAUGGUGGUCGGAGUGUGUCAAGACACCAUCCAGUUCCCCAUAGAGGACCAGUGUGUUUUGGUCGGAGAGCUGGACGGAGUUCGCAUCAUCAGCUCGACCAAUCAGGAGCUGCUUCAGGAGGUUCCUCUGGUCUGUCAAGACAUCUUCAAAAUCGCCUCCAUGGCUCCUGGAGCUCUGCUGCUGGAGGCCCACAGGGAGUACGAGAAGUCAAGUCAGAAGGCUGAUGAGUACCUGAGAGAGAUCAAGGAGCAAAGCAUGCUGGGAGAAGCAGUCCGACAGUGCGUUGAUGCAGCAGGACACGAAUACGACACAAACACGCAGAAAUCCCUGAUGAGGGCAGCGUCCUUCGGUAAGUGCUUCCUCACAGACUUCAGUCCCGAUCCAUUUGUGUCGACCUGCAGAGAACUCAGAGUGCUGAAUGCCGUCAGAGAGAUCAGCAUCGGGCUGCCGCUCACUCACACUCAAUUCAAACAGCUGACUCUACAGGUGCUGAUCGACAGGUUGGUGUAUCGACAGUUUUAUCCAUUAGCGAUAGAAAUGUGUCGUUACCUGAAGAUUCCAGAUUAUCAGGGAGUCAGCAGAGUCCUUAAACACUGGGCUUCAUGCAAGGUGCAGCAGAAGGACCUAUCGGACGAGGCCAUAGCCCGAUCCGUGUGUGUAAAGGUGGGAGACUCACCUGGUGUUUCUUACUCGCACAUCGCAGCUAAAGCUUACGAAUGUGGACGCACUGAGCUCGCCAUCAAGCUAUUGGACUUCGAGGCUCGCUCAGGUGAGCAGGUUCCUCUGCUGUUGAAGAUGAAGAGGAGUCAGUUGGCUCUCAGUAAAGCUGUGGAGAGUGGAGACACUGACCUAGUUUACACAGUGGUGACGUACCUGAAGAACGAGAUGAACAGAGGAGACUUCUUCAUGACUCUGAGGAACCAACCUGUCGCACUGAGCCUCUACAGACAGUUCUGUAAACUGCAGGAAACAGAAACUCUGAAGGACCUUUAUAAUCAGGAUGAUGACCACCAGGAACUCGCCAACUACUACGUUACUGCUAGUUAUAGAGAAAAGAGGUUAGAGAACCGUCUGUCUCUGCUGCAGAGUGCUGUGGAUGAAUACAACAAAGCCAAGAACGAGUUUUCUGCAAAGGCUACAGAGGAAGAGAUGCGUCUCCUACGUUUCCAAUGCAAACUUGAUGACGAGAAAGGGGCGGGGCUACUGGAACUCUCUCUCCAGGCGACCAUGGAGGCUCUGCUGGCUUUAGGACUCCACAAACAAGCAGAACAGCUGUACAAAGACUUCAGGGUACCUGACAAAAGGUAUUGGUGGUUAAAACUGAAGUCUUUGGCGGAGAAGGAAGAGUGGGAGGAGUUGGAGAAGUUCUCAAAGAGCAAGAAGUCUCCUAUUGGCUACCUGGCUUUUGUUGAAGUGUGCAUGAAGAGUAACAAUAAGUACGAGGCCAAGAAGUACGUUUCCAAGGUCGCACCUGAGCAGAGGGUCAAAGCUCACCUGGCCGUCAGUGACCUGGAAGGUGCUGUGAAUGCCGCCAUCGAGAGGAAGAAUGAAUCUGAGAUGGGGGCGGUCCUCUCCAGAUGCUCCGCCUCCGACCGCCUGUUGAUUGACAGGUUGAACCGAGCCAGACCCUCAACUGCCAAAAAGUGAUCCUCCAUUCAGAGUGGGUGAACAGAGGCAGCUGAUGGUCUGCUGCCAAAUAGUGAUCUUCAGCUAAGAACCAGUUUCUUCUUCAUGUGCUUUAAUGUCAGAACUGACACAUCUGAUCAUGUUGUUGAUCUGUGGUGAUGUUUUCUUCUUCUGCGUUUCUGUCUCAGACCCCCCUCCUGUUCAUAUCGAUCUUAUUUUAUUGAUCACUGAUCAUUUGUAUCACACUUGUAUAGUUUCAUUUCCUGCUGUUGCUGCUUUAUAUUAAAAGCCCUCCACCAGUGAACCAGCGGUUGUUUUAUUGUGAAAAGCUACAGGAAAUGUGAUGUUUUUCUGAUGUU